CUUGCCCCAAGCACAUCGGGACAGAAAUAAGGCUCAGCUCACGUUCAACCGUUCGUCAUCGACUCGUCGACGAACAGGUUUUACGAUAAGCACAUAUACUGACACAAAGUUUAUAAUUAUACUUUAUUCAAAACAAACGCGUGUGACGGACAAUUUAGUGAGUGCAGAGCGCGCCUAUAUGCUGUCAUCGAUGCCAUCAUCGCUUGUUACAACAGCAAUAAUUAUAUAAAACACCAGUAACGAUCCAUAUACGAUUCCAUCCUCGGACGAGCUUUGACUUUCUUCACAUUGUAUAAGUACUUACUUGUGGAGAGCCUAGAGUUGUGCAAUAAUAUACAUAUAAGUAACAGUGUUUUUUUUUAUGACAGCCCAUAAGUGUACCUUUGGUGCUCGUGUGUAAUAAUAUAUACAGUAAAACGUACGAGGCGUACUUUCGAUAAAAUUUAUAAGUAAAGGGCAAUCAAUCAAAAUAAAAUUAAAGAAAAAUGUGCAUUCCGAUGUCCACCGUAUUGUGUCGAGUGACAAGGAGUAGACUCGCCGAUCACAGUAGCAGAAGCAACAUGAUGUUCCUCAGAGGCUGCAGCUGCAAAGCACGAGCAUUUUGGAGUUCAAUGACCACCGAAAAGUGUGUUCUUCGCCAGGGCUCCUACAACAAUCAAAUAAACGAUAACAACUCGGGCGAUCAUUGUCAGAAGAGAGCUAUGGGUAGUGCCUCGGCAGCUGUCACGUCUGGCGCGAUUCCUGGAGUGCUCACCAAAAAACAGGCCAAGGAACUGGCGGUCAGGCUCACCCCUGACGAGCGACAAGUUCUCAUAGCUGCCCUCCAGGAGUGUCAGUUUCAGAAAAUCAAGGCUGAGUACGAAGGUCAGCUCGCUGCAUUCAGAUGGAGGAGUAAAUUUGGAAGACCAAGCAAAGUACCAACAUUAGGGGAUGUUGACCCCACAGGCAGUUACUGUGCUGUUCCAGAUGAUUGGCUAUUAAAAAAGUAUGUGGAAACAGUUCCUCAACCAACCAAAGGGGAUUUGAUGAGAGUAUCGGUUGCAAAUGCCAUUCCAUUCAUUGGAUUCGGAUUCCUUGAUAAUUCAAUUAUGAUCAUUGCCGGUGACUCUAUCGAAGCAACAUUAGGUGCUUUUAUAUCUCUGACGACAAUGGCUGCUGCGGCAUUCGGAAACACUAUUUCCGAUAUAUUAGGAAUCGGAUCGGCCUACUACGUCGAGCUCCUCGCCCAGAGAAUAGGAUUCCAACCACCUAAGCUAACGCCAAUUCAACUAGAUUUGCCAAAAUCUAGAAGAGCCGCUAAUAUGGGUCGAGUAAUUGGAGUGACUAUAGGCUGCUUGCUGGGAAUGUCUCCACUGUUAUUUUUGCAUAAAGAAACAAAAGAACAAUCAAAAGAUGACGAAGUGGAAGAAAAAAAAGAAGAUAACAAGACUAAAAAAGAUGAAAAAAAAUGA